UGCCUUAGGUUUUCUCUUAAGUUAGCCUCCUUUUAUAGGUAAGGAAGUCUAACUUAAGGCUUACAAGAGAGGCUAAUGGGCUAAUAUUCAAUUGUGGCCCAUAUUACACAUUUAACUAACAACUACACAAAUACAAAGACAUCUAACUAGAUUGGACUUCAGAAAAAGUCCUAACAAUCUCCCCCUUGGUGUUCAAUCUUGUUUGAUCAGCAUUGCAGCGCGGAUGUCUUUGUCUUUGUGUUCAGUUGCUCCUCAAUGCAGCUCAGCUUCCUUUGUCUUUGCACUCGGCUUCUUGAAAAGGCUUUUUGAAGAAAUCCUUGCAACCUCCCCUUUGAUGUCUUCAUGGCAAUUUGUUCUUUGAUGCCGGGGAGUUGAAGAAUCUUCAGGAUGUAGCUUGUGAUCUUUACCUUUCAGAAGUUGCUCUUGAUCCGCAUUAAUGAAUUCCGUUGGCGCCUCUGGAACGAGUGUUCAGGUGAUAUACAGGCACGCACAGGAUUCAUCUUCAGAACUUGAAUACUUGAACUUUGUCUCCUCAAAGUUUACGUGGCACAGCGGAAAAUUAUUGUUUUUUAGGAGAUCUCGUCAGUGGCACAGCGGAAUAAGAUAGUUGACUUGUGAGCGUAGCUGACCAUUUGAUUUGAAGCUGGCUUUGCACUUGAGUUGAGAAACAAGAGUGUCAUCGUUGUUGUUGUUGUUGUUUUGUGCUGGAGGAGAGAAGUAUCCAAAAAUGAUUUGUUGAUAGUGACAGCAUGUGGACUACUCGCCCCCUCAUGACGAUCCGAUGAAUCGGGGCGUCAUGCCUUUAUUCUUUUAUUCUGGGAAACAAAAUUGAAAACAAACAGAAAGGUUAAAUAAUAAAGACCGGGUACUCAAAAGUGUUCCGUUAACACAACAUCAAUGUAAACACUGAUGUGUGGCCUGUAUAAGAGGAUAUAAGCAUUACAACUCUAACAGGACUUCCAACCAAUCAUUGUGAAGCAUCUGAAGCAGAUGUCACUCUGGUUGUUAAGGCGUGAUCAUAAAGAUCAGCAAUGCAAAUCGUAGCCCCCCGAGGUCGCGUAGACACCCGUUAUCAUCACUAUAGAGAUAAACUCUAAAGUGAUGGUCUGAACAUGUUGGUGAUUUCUAUGUUGCAACAGAAGGACUUCCUUCCAAUCAUCGGUCUAUCUAUAUUAGAUGAGCCCUAUGGAAGUUCUCACAUGGUCACUUGAACCUGCAACUGACUCAAAAGUGUGUUUGUGUCCUAGAAAAUUCAAAACAUUUGGGAGUGAGAUAACUAGACACAACGUGAUCAAUGAAAGUUCAGUGGCAUGGGGCUGAGGCCACUGUAGUCAGUAUCACUUGCCUCGGAGGGAGACAAUGAUGAGAGAUGAGGUUCCCCGUGAAAUAUGAUUAAACACUUGUCUGUUGGGAGACAAAUGAGUGGUCUUGGGUAGGGGUGAGCAUGGAACAGUACGGGACGGUUAUUUCAAAAAACCUGUCCCGUCCCAAAGUACGGUUCUUUUAAAAAUCAAGAACCGGUACCGUCCUGCAUAUAUAUGGAACCUGUCUCGUUCCGUACCAAUUUUCAGCACGGUGCGGUACGGUUCGGUACGGUUCUUUGGUGUUAUUUGGUUCGUACAUAAUUAACCACCAUGAAAUAUAAUUAACCCUAUUUACAUAACAUUGUUUAUAUCAUUUAGUAUUGUUUUUAUUUUAAAGCUAACUUUUGGUGCUGUCAAGUCUUAAUAAUUGGUGAUAGAGUAUAUGGGCCCGGCCCCCAUGGCCCACAUACUCAAGUCAACGACAACCAGAACACCCACGCGGCCCCCUUCGGCCAGUGGGACCGCAUCGGCCAGAAACCAAACCGGCCCAAGAACCACGCAUGGACUUCCGGGAACGCAUCGGCCCAUGGACCGCAUCGGCCAAAAGGCACCGCGUCGGCCCGGCUUCGUACGGGCAGAAUGCAUCUCUCUACUUUAUUUACUAAGUAUUGUACACAGCCCAUUAGUGGCCCUAUUUCGCCCAAAGGAGGCAUGAUUAUUGUGAUGGGCCUCCUAAGCCCAUGGCUAGGAGCCCAAAUCCACAUUUUUACCUAUAAAUAGACCCCUUGGGGCUAGUUAUAGGGGGUUGAGAAAUAUAAUUACUCACUUUCUCUCUCUAGCUCUCACUUCUCUCUAGAAUUAAUACUCUAUCAUUUGGUGCUUUCAUUGAGAGUCAGAACAGAUCAAGUGAGUACCCCUCGUCGCUACUAGACGCAACAGAAUGACAAGAACCAGGUCAAAGAACACCGGAAGGAAUGCCCCUCUGAACCAGGAAGGGCAGGGAAACGUUGCUGACAACGUCCCCAAUGACCUCAUCAUUCAGGAUGAGAACGCUCAGGAGGUCGAGCUCGCAGCGGCCGACCUUCGCACCCAGCUCAACAAGACUGCCUCAGACGCCCGCAUCGGGCUCGAGGACAAGCGCAAUGCUGAUCGCGCUUCGGGCUAGCAGGCUUCUCACCCUGCUGCCCCCCAGAUCAACCCGGCCGCACUAUCGGCCAUCGUCGCAAGUAUUCUCCAGGACCCCAACGUCGUCAGCGCCCUCGUCGCAAAGACAGGGGAGAACAACACUCCCGUGACUGGGGAAGUCGCGACGGUGCCACCACCCCCGCCUCGGCCACAAGGCGUCACCUUCUUCGGCAACGACGAAGGCAUCCUCGCCGUGGACACCCAUUCCCAUACUGCCUCUCCUACCCGGGAUACACCGGCCCAACCUCGCGGUAAAAUCUCGGCCUUCAACAGGCUGGGUGACAUCGCGAGCCGUCGGGUACCUACGGGGAGGGUGGCGGAUCGAUUGGGUAACCACGAGCCAGGGUCGCCAAAGGAAAGCUUCGGGUCCGUUUCCCGGACAACGGAUCGGCCCCGACAGGACAAAGGAAAGGGAAAACUGAAUGAUGAUGAUGCGCGUCAUCAGAUCAACCUGGCCCACGCAGCCCGGAUCCAGACACCGCUGGGUGGCGCUGCGGCCAACACGGACCCAAGGGACGAGAUCAUCGCCCGCCUGGAAAAGCGCCUCGCGGAUAUGGAGGCCCGAGAGGCCGCAGGGCGCGCAGCGGCUCAUACAUCCCAGCAUCCCAACUACGAUGCACUCCUGCACAAAGUCAGUGCCUUGGAAAGGGAGCUGGCCGACCGGCGCGACGAGCCCGUCAUCCAAAUACGGACCUGGACCCCCUUCUCCGCAAGGGUGCUCUCCGCUCCCAUCCCAGAGAAGUACAAGGGGAAUCCGAUCAAGCCGUAUGACGGCCGCACUGAUCCUCAGGAGCACUUCACCCGCUAUCAGAACAAUAUGAUGAUGACAAACGCUACGGAAGAAUACAUGUGUCGCUGGUUCCUAUCCACCUUGGAAGGACCAGCGUACGAUUGGUUCAAUAACCUUCCGGAGGGGAGCAUCGACUCAUGGCAGGACCUUGCUCAACGCUUCCUCACCCACUUUGCUGGGAGGAAACGUGCGAAGAAGCAUUUCGCUCAUCUCCUGACCAUCAAACAACAAUCAGAGGAGACGCUCCGAGCCUUCCUCGAUCGCUGGACGAGGGAGGCAGACGAAUGUGAGGGAGCCGAUGAACGCACCCUCCUGGCCUUCCUCCGCGGAGCACUACGGCCAAGCCACUUCGCCCGAAGCCUGUUCACAGAGCCCCCGCGGUCAUACCUCCCGGCGCUCCGACGCGGGGACAGGCACGCCGAUGCCGACGAGCUCCUGAACCAGAAGAAGGGUGGGGAGAAGCAACAGAAGAAGGACUCCUCGUCCAACCCCCACCACCCGCCGGCCAACAAGGGACAGCACCAGCCAAAGAAGGCACACCAGGAGCAAGGCGGACAGCGAAGAGAUGACCGUUCAUGGCGUCCAAAGUUGGAGGCACAACGCAUCCCCCUCACCCACCCGGUGAGCAUCGUCCUCGACCACGCCGAGGCGCAGGGCCUCAUUGUGAAGGACCCCAGGUCAGAGGAGGAGAUAUUUGCGGUCCACAAGGGAGGGACGUACUGCAAGUACCACCGCCAGACAUCCCACAAGACCGAGGAUUGCACCACCUUGAAAAGGCACAUCGACGGCCUCAUCCGACAGGGGGAACUUUCCCAAUUUGUCAAGGGUGCCCCCAAGAGUAACACUUGGGUUAACCCUGGCAAAAGGGGGGAAGGAUCCUCCGGGAAAAAGAGGGAGAUCGGCGCCCUCAGUGAAGAUGAGGACGAAGAAGAGCCCCGCCAGAAGAAACAUCACAUUCACAUCAUCGUCGGCGGGAACACAGGGGGGGACUCGGCUACCCAACGAAAAAAAUGGGCUCAGUCCCUAUACGUUGGUGAGGUGUCCCACGCCCCCCCUCAGCCGAAGCGACGGCACUUGGAGGCCAUCACCUUCACCGACAAGGACCUCCCCUUCGGCCCCUUGCCUCACAGGGACGCCCUCGUCGUCAAAUGCGAGAUCGGCAACAACAUCAUCCACCGCAACUACAUCGACACUGGCAGCUCUGUCAAUGUGAUGUACGUUGACACCUUCAGACAGCUGAAACUGAAGAAGACCGAGCUCCGGCCGAUACGGACUCCGUUAUCCGGCUUCACCGGGGACUCUAUCGACGCCGAGGGCACGAUAGUGCUUCCCGUUGAGGUCGGUGACGGUACCUAUAAGGCGAAGAUUGAUAUGGAGUUCGUGGUUGUCAAUCUGGACAGCGCCCACAACAUGAUCUGGGGACGACCGGCCUUGGAGGACCUUGAGGCCAUCAUCUCCAUGAAACAUCUAUGCCUCAAGUUCCCCACCAAGGACAACGUCGGCUACGCCAGAGGGAACCAGAAGAUAGCCAGGGCUUGCUACCUGAAGCUCACAAGGAAGAUCAAUGAGGCCGAGGAGCGGAUAGACACCAUCACCACCGCCUCGGCCGAAGAAGACACACCAAAGGCAGAACCGGUCGGAGACGUGGAAGAUGUUCCGUUGGACGUCUCCCGGCCGGAACGCACGCUGAAGAUUGGGACCCAGCUCCCCCAAGAUACCCGAAGGGCCAUACUCUCCGUCCUGAGAGCGUACGCCGUCGUCUUCGCAUGGGGACCAGAGGACAUGCCGGGCAUCAGCCCAAAGGUAAUCACACAUCGGCUAUCGGUGAACCCGGCCUCCUCCCCCAUCAAACAGAAAAAACGCUACCUCUCAGCUGACAGGAGGGAAUUCGUCAAAGCCGAAGUGGCCAUGCUGCUCUCCAUCAGGCACAUAAAAGAGGUGAAGUACCCCACGUGGUUGGCGAACGUCGUCCUCGCACCAGAGCCGCCCACGUUCAGAAUGUGUGUUGAUUACACUGACCUGAACAAGGCGUGCCCAAUGGACCCAUUCCCUCUCCCCAACAUUGAUCAGUUGGUGGAUGAGACAGCAGGGUGCGAGUUAAUGUCGUUCCUCGACGCGUUCAGAGGGUACCACCAGAUAUCCAUGCAUGAAGAUGACGCGGAGAAGACUGCUUUCAUGACACCGGAGGGAAUUUUUUGCUACCUCGUCAUGGCCUUUGGGCUCAAAAACUCCGGCGCCACCUACACAAGGAUGGUAGCCCGGAUUUUUAGAGCAGUCUUAGGUCGGACGAUGGAAGCAUACGUCGACGAUAUGAUCGUCAAGAGCAAACAAUCCACAACUCAUGCCGACGACCUCCGGGGCAUCUUCGAGAUCAUGAAGAGAUACAACCUCCAGCUCAACCCAAAGAAGUGCACCUUCGGCGUCCAGGGAGGUAAAUUCCUGGGGUACCUGGUCAGCCGAAGGGGCAUUGAAGUAAACCCGGAGAAGAUACAAGCCAUUAUCAACAUGGAGCCGCCCCGCAACAUCAAAGAAGUGCAACGGCUGACGGGACGCCUUGCGGCCCUGAACCGUUUCCUUUCAAAGUCCGCGGAAAAAUCGCUCCCCUUCUUUCAGAUAAUGAGGAAGGCCACCAGCUUCAAAUGGACGACGGAGUGCCAACAAGCCUUUGAAGAGCUGAAGCAAUAUCUCGCCUCCCCACCCGUCCUAUCCAAGCCCCAACCCGGCGAGACUCUCUUCCUUUACUUAGGAGUGAGCACGUCGGCCGUCAGCUCCGUCCUCAUCAGGGAAGAUGACGGGGUACAAAAAGCUAUAUUCUACGUCAGCAAGACGUUGCGGGAGGCCGAGCUUAGGUACUCCCCCAUUGAGAAGACGGUGCUGGCCAUCGUCCACAAGGUGAAAAAACUGGGUCACUAUUUCCAGGCCCACCCCGUCCACGUCCUCACGCAUCAGCCGUUGGGCGCCCUCAUGAGGAGCCCAACCAGCUCUCCAAGGAUGAUCAAAUGGGCGAUAUUCCUGAGCCAGUACCAGAUUGAGAUCAAGCCGAGGCCAUCCAUCAAAGGGCAAGCCUUAGCUGACUUCGUCACCAAGUGCACGGCAAGGGAGACGGCCGUUACCACCACAGGAGCUGAACCGGACGAAGCCUGGACCCUCUACACGGACGGGUCCUCGGCCACCAAAGCUUGUGGGGGUGGCGUCGUCCUCAUCUCCCCGGAAGGUUUCAGAGCAUACUAUGCCAUCCGCUUCAACUUCAAGGUGUCCAACAAUGAGGCUGAGUAUGAAGCGCUCCUCAGUGGGCUCAGACUGGCCGCUGGCCUCAAAGCGCGCCACAUCAGAAUCAAAUGCGACUCUAAACUAGUAGUGAACCAGAUGGAGGGUUCCUACGAAGCCAAAGAAGGGAGGAUGAAGCAAUACAAGGAGGCCGCUGCGGAAUUGCUUAAGGCAUUCGACACCUACGAGAUCACUCAGAUCCCGAGGGCGGAGAACGACGAGGCCGACAUACUCUCCAAACUCAGCUCCGACACUCCUGAGCACAUCUCCAAGAUAGCGAAGGUGGAGAAGUUGAGCAUGUCAAGCAUUCACGCCAGUCCCAUACUCGCCAUACAACAUCAGCCGGAGGAUUGGAUCACUGACAUCGCAACCUACAUCACCUCCGGCACACUACCAGAAGACGAGGAGAGGGCCAAACUAGCCAAGCUCAGGGCUCCUAGCUAUGUCAUUGAGGGUGACAAGCUCUACAAGAGAUCAUACAAUGGCACCCUCCUCCGGUGCCUACACCAGAAUGAGGCCGAAGUGGCCAUGGAAGAAGUCCACUACGGUGUAUGCUCAUCACACCAGGGACCCUUCAGCAUGUCGCGCCGCCUCGUCGUCCAAGGCUACUUCUGGCCGACGAUGGCGCGUGAUUGUGCUGAGGUCGCCCGCAAAUGCAGCGCAUGUCAACACUAUCAAAGGGCACCUGGCCGACCCGCCGUCAACUACGCCCCGGUCAGCACCGCCAUUCCAUUUUCCAGAUGGGGCAUUGACCUCGUCGGCCCACUACCAAGAGCCGCGGGCAACAACAGAUACAUCAUCGUCGCCAUUGAUUACUUCACCAAAUGGGUCGAGGCCGAACCACUCGCAAGCAUCACCGGAGCGCGGUGUCGAAAGUUCGUCUACAAGAACAUCCUCACCCGCUUCGGCGUGCCUCAGGAGAUCAUAUCAGACAACGGCACCCAGUUUGAGGCCGAACCGUUCCAAAACCUCCUCCAAGAAUGGGGUAUCAAGCACCGUUUCUCCUCCGUCGCCUACCCUCAGGCUAACGGGCAAGUUGAGAACGCCAACAGAACCAUCUUGGAGGGGCUAAAGAAGAAGCUCGAAGAAGAAGGCGGAAGUUGGGUCGACGAGCUCCCCAACGUCCUAUGGUCCUACCGCACUACGCCGAGGAGGGCCACCGGGGAGACACCAUUCUCCUUGUGCUACGGCUUCGAAGCCAAGGCUCCCACUGAGGUGACGCUUCCCAGCCGACGGGUCACACAAUACGAUCCCGAGGCCAAUGAAGAAACAAUGAAGGUGGACCUACACCUCAUCGACG